CUAAGUCCAUAGAGAGCUGAGGUUCAAAUUCACUAGGCCAAAAAUGAGGAUUUGGGGCUUGCUUUUGUUCUCAUUUCUGUUACUAGUUGGAGCCAGCUUCGGACAAGAGCAAUGUGGAAGCCAAGCUGGUGGAGCAUUAUGUUCAGGAGGGCUGUGCUGUAGCCAAUAUGGUUACUGUGGCAGCACUCCUGCCUACUGCUCCACUGGCUGCCAGAGCCAAUGUACUUCUGGUGGUUCCCCUUCUACUCCCUCCACUCCAACCCCUACUCCCAGUGGAGGCGGUGGGGAUAUAAGUUCUCUCAUUAGCAACUCUCUAUUUGAGCAAAUGUUGAAGCACCGAAAUGAUGCUGCUUGCCCGGGCAAAGGCUUCUACACUUACGAAGCUUUCAUUUCUGCUGCCAAGUCCUUUGGAGGUUUCGGAACGACUGGUGACACAGACACCCGUAAAAGAGAGAUUGCUGCCUUUCUGGCUCAAACUUCGCAUGAAACCACAGGUGGUUGGGCAACUGCUCCGGAUGGCCCAUAUGCAUGGGGAUACUGCUUCGUUCAGGAACAAGGGAACCCUGGAGACUACUGUGUUGCCAAUCAACAAUGGCCAUGCGCUGCUGGGAAAAAAUACUACGGCCGGGGUCCCAUCCAAAUUUCAUACAACUACAACUAUGGUCCAGCAGGAAGAGCCAUUAACUACGAUCUCCUAAACAACCCGGACGCUGUGGCAACUGACGCAACCAUUUCGUUCAAGACUGCUUUAUGGUUCUGGAUGACCCCACAAUCACCAAAACCCUCAUGCCACGAUGUCAUCACAGGCCAGUGGACGCCAUCAAGUGCUGACACAGCCGCGGGUCGUGUUCCUGGUUAUGGAGUCAUCACAAACAUCAUCAAUGGUGGAAUUGAAUGUGGGAAAGGCUCUAACGCGCAGGUUGAGGACCGUAUUGGUUUCUAUAAGCGAUACUGCGAUAUAAUGGGAAUCGGCUAUGGCAAUAACCUGGAUUGCUAUAACCAAAGCCCUUUUGCUUGAUUAAUUAGGGCCUUAAAUUGCUCUAGUUCUCUCUCUCUCUCUCUCUCUCUCUCUCUCUCUCUCUCUCUCUGAGACUGAGCUGCUGCCAACUACGUGUAACCUGAAGAAAUAAAUAAUCAAUAAAAGUGGGUUUAUCCAACCCAAAUAAACAAA